GGCCAUAAAAGACUGGCUUUGGCCUGACGCGGUUUACUCAGUUGGUCACGAUGAGGGGACUGAUCGCAUUCACCGCACUGUUUGUUGCCGUUCUCGCCAAAGAGACGUUUGAGGGACAUCAGGUGCUUCGAAUUGUCCCAAAAAAUGAGGCCCAGCUGUCUCUUCUUAAGAACCUGGAGGAGAUGACGGAGUUUGAGCUGGACGUCUGGAUGGGGGUGACAGGUGUGUCUUUCCCUGUAGACGUCAGAGUUCCCCCUCACACCCUUCAGUCUUUCAAGAGUUACCUGGAGAGCCACGACCUGGAAUACUCUGUCAUGAUUGAAGAUAUCCAGGCAAUCUUGGAUGUGGAGAAGCAACAGAUGGAGUCUGCUGCUCGUGUUGCUGAGCCAAGGAACACUGACAGCUUCGAUUACAGCAAUUAUCAUACCCUCAGUGAAAUCUACAGUUUCCAAGACAUGCUGGUGGCUGAGAAUCCCAACUUUGUCAGCAAGAUAGUGAUUGGUCAGAGCUACGAGGGCCGUCCUCUUAAUGUGCUGAAGUUCAGCACUGGUGGAAGCAACCGUCCGGCCAUCUGGAUCGACACUGGAAUCCACUCCAGAGAGUGGGUCACUCAGGCCAGUGCCCUCUGGUUCGCCAAGAAGAUUGUGACCGAUUAUGGAAAAGACGCUGCUCUCACCGCCAUCCUGAACAACAUGGACAUCUUCCUGGAGAUUGCAACCAACCCUGAUGGCUACUACCUUACCCAUACCUCUAACCGCAUGUGGCGAAAGACAAGGAAGCCCAAUCCUGGAUAUUCCUGCUAUGGCGUUGAUCCUAACAGAAACUGGAAUGCUGGUUUUGGAGAACCCGGUGCCAGCAGUUACCCCUGCUCUGAGACCUACCGUGGACCCAGCGCUCACUCCGAGUCUGAGGUUAAGUCCAUUGUGGACUUUGUGCAGUCACACGGCAACAUCAAGGCCUUCAUCUCCAUCCAUGCCUACUCUCAGAUGCUCAUGUACCCCUAUGGCUACACCAAGACUGCUGCGAAAGACCAGGCUGAGUUGCAUGCACUGGCUCAGAAAGCGAUCACUGACCUGGCCUCCCUGUAUGGUACUCGCUACAGAUAUGGCAGCAUCAUCAACACCAUCUACCAAGCCAGUGGUAACACUAUUGACUGGACGUAUGAGCAGGGCAUCAAGUACUCCUACACCUUUGAGCUGAGGGACACCGGUUACUACGGCUUCCUCCUGCCAGCCAGGGAGAUCGUCCCCACAGCUGAGGAGACGUGGCUGGCUCUGAUGGCCAUUAUGGAUCAUGCUUACAAGAACCCAUAUUAAUCUGUCUGUUUGUUUUUAGACAGAAUGAAUCCCAACUUAUGGCUGUGUUUUUCCUUUGAGAAUAAAACAUAAAAUCUUACCAGAAUGCAAAAAUAAUAAACAUAAUAGCUAAAAAAGAACAAUGAAAAA